AAUAUUCCUCCAAUAACCCCACUCUUGAGUCUUGUCCCCCAAACAUCCAAAAUACAAAAACCUCUUUUCUUCGUUCCAAUCUGAUACUCACUCAGUCGCACCCAUUUCACCGGUUUGUACGGACUAUACUGAACUCACAGAAAUCCCAUCAAAGGUAAGAUUUAUGUGCAUAUAGGUGGGGGGAAGCAAUCGUUGAGAUGGCACAUUUACUUUCAACUUCAUGCAUGAUAAAUGUCUCGUCUGGCUGCAAACCUUAUUAUAUUCCAUUGAACCAAGGCUUAAGAGCAUUUUCUACCUCUUCUACUUUGCAAGCUUCCAAAUCUCCAUUUGGAAGACUUGUAUCAUAUGGAGAGAAGCCACAAAGAAAUUUGACUGUCCACGCAACCACGCUUCCUAUAAGCAAGGAAGCUCCUACUCAACCCGGCUCUGGCUCCCAUCAGUCCGUCAAUGAACCAUCCAAGCCACAGCGGGUCAUGGUCAUUGGUGGAGAUGGCUACUGCGGUUGGGCCACUGCCCUCCACCUAUCCAACAAAGGUUAUGAGGUUGCCAUAGUUGACAGCCUUGUACGCCGUCUUUUUGACCACCAGCUUGGCCUCGAGUCCUUGACUCCAAUCGCCUCAAUCCACAACCGCCUCCGCUGUUGGAAAUCUCUAACCGGAAAAACUAUUGAACUCUACAUUGGCGAUAUUUGUGACUUUGAGUUCUUAUCAGAAACAUUCAAGUCAUUUGAGCCUGAUGCUGUUGUCCAUUUUGGGGAACAGCGAUCUGCCCCUUACUCCAUGAUUGAUCGGUCAAGAGCUGUUUUUACACAGAACAACAAUGUGAUUGGAACACUCAAUGUGCUCUUUGCUAUAAAAGAAUUCAGAGAGCAGUGUCAUUUGGUGAAGCUUGGGACCAUGGGAGAAUAUGGGACUCCAAAUAUCGAUAUUGAGGAGGGUUACAUUACAAUUACUCAUAAUGGAAGAACAGAUACGCUACCUUAUCCUAAGCAAGCUAGCUCGUUCUAUCAUCUGAGCAAGGUUCACGAUUCAAAUAAUAUAGCCUUUACUUGCAAGGCUUGGGGGAUUAGAGCCACUGAUCUGAAUCAAGGGGUGGUUUAUGGGAUGAAAACUGAUGAGACUGGGAUGCAUGAGGAGCUCUGUAACAGGUUGGAUUAUGAUGGAGUGUUUGGAACUGCACUGAAUCGGUUUUGUGUUCAGGCUGCUGUUGGUCAUCCACUUACUGUGUAUGGCAAAGGGGGCCAGACCAGGGGAUAUCUUGACAUAAGAGACACAGUGCAGUGCGUUGAGCUUGCCAUUGCAAACCCCGGGCAGUCCGGUGAGUUUCGGGUCUUCAAUCAGUUCACUGAGCAGUUUUCUGUCAAUGAACUUGCCGCCCUUGUUACGAAAGCUGGAGAGAAGCUUGGGCUGAAUGUUGAAAGCAUUUCUGUCCCAAACCCAAGAGUAGAGGCAGAGGAACAUUACUACAACGCGAAGCACACUAAACUUAUUGAGUUGGGACUUGAACCACACCUUCUUUCUGACUCUCUUGUGGAUUCGUUGCUCAACUACGCUAUUAAGUUUAAGGAUCGUGUUGACACAAAACAGAUGAUGCCCAGUGUUUCUUGGAGAAAAAUGGGGGUCAAGCCUAGGACCAUUACGACAUAAUCCAGUAGACUUGAUUUAUAGCUGUUGAUAGAGAGAAUGUUUCAUCGAUAAACUUGGACAAAUAAUGUUUGUAUUAGCCUCCUUAAUGUCUUUUGUUUUGCACCUUAAUGAACUUUCAACAUAAUAAUAGUCCGUGAUUGCUUAGUUGCAAUCUAGGAAGUGGUUAAUGAGCA